AUGGGCCGCGGGCAGAAGCGAAAGGUCGACGGCGACGUCUCGGAGGCUCCCCCGGAGGUCGUCACCAAGCUUCAAGAGCUUCCAAAGCAGGCGCUGCUAAGAUUUCGCCGGGAUCUUGCGCUGGAGCCUUUCGAGUGCGCCGUCCAAAGGCUAGAGGGCACGGCACGUGGCAUGGUUGAGCUUCUGGAAGUUCCCCACGAGAGUGUGGCGAGGUCCCUCACAGCAGCCUUGGGUGGCAGCACGUGGUGUUGGAGUUUCGGCGCCACCUGCGCGGACGUGGACGGGGCCAGGAGUGCGCUGGGCACUAUGCUCGAUGAGGGCCAGCAGAAGCUCCUGGCAUCCCUGCGCCGUGGAGAUGCCUUCAGUGCCGCCGUGAAGACGCACAGCAGCAAGAGGGACGGCCAGCCACUGCUUCGCCUUGGCCGCACCCGCGUCAUGUGGCUGCUGGGUGCGAGCCCAGAGGAAGGCGACGAAGGAUCUGCAAAGAACACGCCGAAAGCGCCACGGAAGAGGAGGCGAAAGGCCAAAGCAGCGACACCGGGCGCACGCGACGGCGCGGCGAAGCCCGAGGAUCCCGAAAGCCCUGACGCCGAGGACCUCGAGGACAGCGAAAGCGCUUCGCAAGACGAGGACGCAGGCUCAAAGACUGGAGCCGCCACCCGGGCGUUCCUAGCCAGCUUGAGGGCCAAGCGUGGCAAAAACUGA